GACGGUGUUGCUGGUGCCCACAAAUUAUGUCAUCAUUACAAUCAAAUGCAUUGAAUAGUGUAAUAUCCAAAAUAUUUUGAUGGUAUUUUUUUGGUACAUCCAACAAUAAUUUGGUCAGUGGUUUGUCGUUAUCAAUGGAUAUUUGUAAACAAUAUGAUAAUGAAAAUAACAAUAUGGCUGCUAGGGAAAAAGGAGCACGAGAGAUAGGAACUGAACUGAAAAAAAUUACAAUAGAUGGAGCUCAAACCUCAGGAGCAUUGACUUGCACACCCGAAGUCUGUCGAAAUGCGCGACAACGUUAUGCACCCCCAGAUUUGUCCGGCGACGCUCCGUGGAAUCAAAAAAAGACUUAUCUGUUCAUCGGAACAAUAUGCGUGUUUUUUCUUUGGAUGAUCGUUUACAGUAUUGUCAGUACAUUCCAUUUAGUGUGAUUCCAUGAAUUAUAAUUUUUUUUUAUAUGAACGUUUUAAAUUAUAGUUUUAUAUGAGCUUUGUACAUGUAUUGUUUUACGAACAUUUAUUAAAAAUAUUUCAAUAUUGAGAAUAAAUAACCAAUCAGAUAUCAAGUUAGAACGAUUUAAAGGGAAUAAUUUGUAUUAGGUUUGUUCCAACCUGUUAAUUUGAACCGUUCUUGGAAGCUUUUAAAUGAUAUAUUCUGCGCAAUCUCCUUUCAUGCACGGUUCUGGUAUCAGUACUUGCUAUCAACCAAUUAUCGAAAAAACCGUCCCGGAAACAGUUCACGAAUGAUACCUAAGUCGGUAGGAACGCAAAAUAGAAUCGUUCGUUUAACGGUAAUCUCCAUGUUAGAACACAUAAAAUCUAUUGCGCAGAAUCAUCACCGUACCGAGGACGGUUUUUUGAUGGAUUGGAACGAACCUAUUGGUACAACAAAAUACACCGAAAAAAGUUUUCUAUACGUAUAAUACAGUAAAAUUUAAUCAAUAUGAUAUUAUUAAUAGUUUUUUUAACAAUAUAAAUUUAAUUUUUUCUGAAAAUAGUGAUUUGUGAUUGUUCCGUAGUUAAUAUUAAAGAUAUAAAGAGUGGCAUGAAAAAGAAA